AUGGCGGCAUUCGAUGCAUCAUCAAUCAAGCACAUCCUCUUGAAGCAAACAUCAUUUUUCGGACUCAAACUAUGGGUUGCAAUAACCACGUGCACCGUCUUAGCACUCGUACUUCUUCUCGUCCUCACUUUCGUUUACAUCUCUUGUCGAUUCCGAACACACGGUAAAAAAUCAUCGAAAAAACAUGCCCCGACACCAUUGCCAAACAACAAUUUCGCCAUGGAGCGGCGUCAAUCAUCGUCCCGAACCAAACCGGAUAUAGAGACGGGCGGCGCCGUCGAAACCACCGGAAAAAAACACGUCAUGUACUACGACCACUGGCCUAGUGACGACGAUAAUAUUAAUAGUAGUAAUAAUAAUAAUAAUAGUAGUAAAAAUAACGUGGGGCAAUUUGACGGGGCGCCCGAGUACGUAUACAAGUUGAGGGAGAUCGAAGAAGCUACAAACGGAUUGGCGUAUGAUAAUAUUAUCGGGACCGGAGAAUACGGAGUUGUUUUUCAUGGUUGGUUGAGGGAUAGCAACACUACUCAAGUUGCUGUCAAGAAGUUGUUUAAUAACAGGGGAAGAGGAGGAAGGAAAGCCUUUGCGAGAGAAGUCGAGGCGUUGUUGUCGAUUCGCCACCGGAAUUUGGUGAAAUUGCUCGGAUAUUGUGCUGAAGGAACAAACAGGGUGUUUGUGAAUGAAUAUGUGGACAAUGGGAAUCUUGAUCGGUGGCUGCAUCGAUGCACGGGGGAAGUUAAGCCGUUAACUUGGAACGUUCGAAUGUCGAUCAUCAUAGGAAUUGCCAAAGGUUUAGCUUACCUCCACGAAGAUACCGAGCCACCACUUGUCCACGGCAACUUAAAAUCGAGCAAUGUACUCCUCGAUCAACAAUGGAAUCCCAAGAUUUCUGAUUUUGGAAUCACCAAAUUCUUAGGCCAUGAGUGGAAAAAUACCUCAGCUCCUCCAAAAGGAAUGUCAGGCUAUAUCGCUCCGGAAUACGAUUCUAUUCGCUAUUUAAAUGAGAAGAGUGACAUUUACAGCUAUGGGGUACUUAUAAUGGAGAUAGUUUCCGGCAAAUCCGCCAUAGAAUCGACCGUCAACGAAAUCGAGGAAUACUUGGUUGAUUGGAUGAAAUCCAAUGUAGCAGACGAAAACUUCGAUCUUAUAAUCGACCCAAAAUUGCCGGAACUGCCCUCGAUAAAGGAACUCAAACGAGUCCUGCUCGUAGCUCUUCGUUGUGUGGAUUUCGAAAUCGAAAAGAGGCCUAAAAUCGGAGAAAUUUUAUGUAUGCUUCAACCUCGUGAUUUACUACUUACCAAUCUUGUUUAG